AUUGUACAACUUGUUUAAUAAUUUAAGAAAACAGACUAUUUUCUUUUGGAUCUAUGCAUAUCCAGGCCCCCCAAACAUGUCAAAUUGACACGACUCUCUCGAUAUGUAAUACGUACUACAUUUCUUUAAAACAAAAAUGUAGUCUACGUUGAAUAUUUUUAAGUGGAUGGAAGGAAUAUAUUAAAAUCACUCCAGUGGUUAAUGUUUGCAUUACUAAACUGGCUUGCAUAUUCAAUUCCUUCGGAGCAUUUCUUUUGAACCUCUUUGGCUCGGCUCCUUCGUCUUCUAAACAUGCCCUUUUUACUCUUCAUUCUGUUUUAGUCCUUAUCAUCAACUUCAACAUUUCUUCUCCACCCAAAAAAGCCAAAAGAAAAAGGAAAUAACCCAAAAAAAUAGGAAGGUAGAAAGGGGUUAAGCUAUAAGAUUAAGUCUUCUGGAGAAGCGGACAUAUAUCGGAAGAAGAUCAAAAGCAGUUCGGUUUGUAGGAUCUGUUCCAAGGUCUUCUCAUAUCAGUAACAGACCAAACCGACCAAUAAAAAAAAGGAACACAAAGGGGAAAAGAGAAUGGCGGUUGAACUAUUCAUGCCCAUUAUCCUGGACCGAUUGAUAGAUGUUACCACUCAACAAAUUGGAGAAAAGGUAAAUCUCAUCGCCGGGGUCGAAGAAGAGGUCGACAGUCUGAAGAAGAAAUUUGAUACUCUUGCAUAUGUUUUGGAAGAUGCUGAGAGGAGAAAGAUUAAAGAGAGCCCUAUUUGGGCAUGGCUGGAACAACUUGAAGACAUAGCCUAUGAGAUGGAAGAUGUGUUAGAAGAGUGGCAUAUUAAGUUCAUCAAACCUCAACAAGUUCGAGCAAAAUCCACCACAAGAAUGCCAACAACACUCUUAGACAAGGUGCAUUCUUUGAUACAAUCUCUUUGUUCUUGUGUUAAUCAACUUCCGGGUCGCAAUGAUAUAGCCUUGAAGAUCCGAGAGAUAAAUCGAAAGUUAGGAGCGGCACUAGAAGAGGCUAACAACUUUAGCUUUGUUGUCGGACGUACUUUUAGUGGUCUUGAUUCCAAAGCAUGUAAAGCCCGCGUGAGUACCUCUAUCAUAGAUAUAUCACAAGUUCAAGGAUGGUGCUCCUGGAAGCAUAAUCUUAGUGACGACGAGAAAGGAGAGCGUGGCGAGAGUAGUAGGCACCGAUUACUUGCAUAUGUUAGGCCUGCUUACAAAGUUUGA